AUGCAAUGCGAGAAUGGCUGGAAUUUUCAAAGGUCCCAAGAUCUUAGCAGGUGGGGGCCGACCCAAACUCGUUCAUAUAGUGCCGUGAGUCUAAAUAGGCCCAAAAUUGAAGGGAACAACACCAGCCACAAUUUGGUCAAUAUAACAGAGAAUGAGAACAUAGUCACGUGCUUUUGUGUGAAUUCGAGAAGGGCCGGCCAAGUGAAAUCCGGAUAUUGUCUUGGGUUUCCUUCGCAAACCAACUCUUUUGGUGGGGUCACGAUUUUGUCGGUUUUCGGACAAAGAAAGAAGGCAAGCGAUUUUCUUGGAGUCGUGCUGUUCACCACUGCCCUAUGCAGGCAGCCCUUGUAA